GGCGAUUCGUUGCCGAUUCUAUGGAAGGAUCGUAAAGAAGGUGCUCUACUGGGAUAUUUGGACAAUAAGACCGAAUUGGUGAGUUGCUCGGAUUGUUGA